AUGAGCUAUUGUCUCCUCACACCCUUGACCAAACUGGCGGUGGCAUAUUUCCUCAAAUAUGUGCUCCUCAGAAGCUGGGUAAAUGGACACGAGAACCAGCCACGGGAGAAAGGAGUCUUCUUUUUUAGUCGAAUCACUUACUGGUGGUUUAGCAGAGUGGUGGCGGUGGGCCAGAGACGGCCACUGCAGCUGGAGGACCUGAGUCCAGUGAGUGAGGAGGACUCUGCCAAGCAUGUCUGCUCUACUUUCCAACAGCACUGGAAGGGUCAGGAGGAGGCCGCUGGCAAGGACGAGAACGCUGACGGGGCAGAGGCGGAGGGGCUCUUGUUUGCUGGCUCUGUCCACCAGGGCUUCCGCCUCCUCCACGCCCUCUGGUUGACCUUCUCCCCGUCCCUGCUCCAGGUGGGCCUCCUGAGGCUACUCACAGACCUGCUGGAGCUGCUGGCUCCCCUGGCCCUCAGAUGGAUAAUCCUCUUCAUUGAGAACCAGGCAGUGUACGACUGGCAAGGGCGCACAUACAUGCUGGCACUGGUUGGCAUCGUCGUUUGCCAAUCUCUUGUUGAGCAGCUCUGUGAGAAACACAGUGGGAUGACCGAGGCUAAGGUCCAAGUUGCACUGACUGGGAUGCUAUACAGAAAGCUCUCAUGUGUUUCCAGUCAUUCUCAUCACCAGGGUGCUGGCGUGGCCGCCCACCUGUCGGGGGACAUUGAGAGGGUGGCAGGUCUGGUGGGCACCCUGCCCCUGCUGCUGUCCUGCCCCCUGCGCGUGGCACUGUGCCUGGGCCUGCUUUGGCGGGAGCUGGGCCCCGCCGCCCUGGUGGGCCUCACCGGGCUGCUGCUGCUCAUACCGCUCAACUCAGCAGCGGAGCGCAGGGCCAGCCAGCUGAAGAGGAGUCAGAUGACAGUGAGAGAGGACAGGGAGGCGCUGCUGACGGAGAUGCUGGCGGAGAUCAAGAUGCUGAAGCAGUUGGCCUGGGAGGCCUGGUUCCAGUAUCGUGUGACAGCGGCACGAGAGAGAGAGCUGGAGACGCUAAGCAUUCUGGGAUAUCUGACGGCCUUUCUUAUGCUGAGCCGCGUGUGUGAGCCCUUCCUGGUGUGUCUGUCCAGCCUGGGGGCAUUUGUCCUGAUGCAUGAUGGGAAUGUUCUCACCGCAGCACAAGUGUUCACCUCCAUCUGGCUCCUCCGGCUACUGCGCCCGCCACUGUUCCACCUCCCGAACCUCUUGCCCAUCUUGACUCAGGCGAAGCAUUCACUGUGCCACCUGGAGAGCAUCUUUUGCACUGAGACCACAGACUUAGACUGUUGCCAUCCAGGCACCACAUCAGAUGGAGCUGAACUAAGCCUAUCGUCGAGUUGCCUGACGGAGGCUUUGUACAGGAACAGCCAAGAUGACCAACUCAGUGAAAUCAAAAUGGAGAUGGACCGCGCAUCCACCAGUGGAUCUGGAGCAGACAUGCGAGGGUACCUGCGGGCCUUCGGCUGGGGCUGGGCGGGGCUGGCCCUCGCGGCCCAGCUGGGCCUGGUGCUGGUGUCAGUCGGACAGGACGCGCUGCUGGGCCUGUGGACCAGCGAUGCCAAGGAGGUCCAGGGUCUCGAGGGCUGGACGGAGCUGAGGGACUCACGCCUCUCUCUGUACGCAGUGCUGGGGCUGCUGCAAGCCAUACUUGUGUGUGGGGCUGCCCAUUUCCUGACCCAGGGUUCUCUAAGGGCCGCAGGGGGACUCCACAGUGGGCUCCUGUCUGACGUGCUGCACCUUCCCCUCCACUUCUUCCGGAACACUCCGGCCCAGAGCGUGCUGCAGUCCUUCACACGGGACAUGUAUGUGAUUGAGCAUCAGGUCCCUGAGCGCCUGCACGUCUGGGCGCACUCCCAGCUGGAGAUGUGUGCCGUUGUUUUUCUCAUCUCGGUCAUAACACCCGUUUUCAUCCUGGCAGCUGGUCCUCUUCUCAUACUCCUAGUGAGGGUCCAGUCUCAGUACACAUUUGUUUUGAGGCGCAUGAAGUGUUUGGAAAUCGCCUCUCAUCUCUCCGUGAAAGCUCUAUUUCGAGAGAUGCCGCGCGAUGAGAAUGGUGAUGCCGUCAACUCUGCAGAUUUCAGCUAUCAAGAUCGGAGUGACCACCACCAGACGCUCCAUGACCACUUGGUGUGCCACUUCAACAAAAUCAUAAUGGCCAGUUGGGUCUCAUUGCGGUUAGACGCCAUCCUGUGGGUCCUGGUUUUCCUGGUCACCGUCAUCCUGAUGGACAGUGCCGACACCGUGGAUUCUGGGAUUGUGGGCUUGGCGCUCUUGUACACACUGAGGAUGCGGGGAGUUUUUCACCAGUGUAGAAAGGCAUCCGCUGAUGUUCAUGACUGCAUGCUGUCUGUGAGGAAAGUGGCUGAAUAUUCGAAUCUGGAGAAAGAGGCCCCGUGGGUGCUGCCCUGCAGAGUCCCCCCUGGCUGGCCACAGAGGGGAGAGAUCGAGUUCAGAAACGUUGAGACCAAAUGUCCAGACGGCCACCUACCAGCGCUCAGGGGACUGUCCUUCCACAUACAGAGAGGAGAGAAGGUAGCCGUGCUGAGCAGGGAGAGAGCUGGGAUGGAGGCAUUGGUGAGCUGCCUGCUUCGGACGCUAGAGGACGUUAGUGGGACGUUGCUGAUUGACGGAGUCGACGUGGCCUGUCUGGGCCUGCAGGAUCUGCGGCGCCGAAUUAAUGUCAUCCCUCAGGCGCCUGUGGUGUUCUCAGGCUCGCUGCGUGCCAACCUGGACCCAGCCAGGAUGCUUCCUGACGCCCAGGUAUGGUGGGCACUGGAUCUGUGCCACCUGAAGGAGACAGUGCAAGUGCUGCCAGGACAGCUGCUGCACCCAAUGCAGGAUGGCGCUGCCAGUCUCAGUCAGGGUGAAAAGAGGCUGCUCUGUGUGGCUAGAGCGCUGCUGAGGGGCUCCAGUGUCCUGCUGGUGGAGGAGCCGCUGGCCUCCGUGGAGCCCGAGGCAGAAUGUCUGGUCCAGCAGGUCAUCCACACAGAGUUCUCCGAGUGCACUGUCCUGACCUUGACCCAGAAUCCGCACACUGUAAUGGACGCACACAGAGUGUUGGUAUUGGACAUGGGCCGAGUGGUAGACUUUGACACGGCCUCCAACGUCUUCCAGAGGAACGCAGCCUUGACUCCGAGAGCCCAGACUGAUGCACUCAAAGGAACGCAGCCUUGACUCCAAGAGCAGACUGAUGCACUCAGAGGAAUGCAGCUUUGACUCCGAGAGCACAGACUGAUGCGCUCAGAGUCUCCGGCAGCUGGAAGAGAAGCAAGUGAUUCAUGUGGACACCACUGUUUGGCUGCUACUACCUCAAACUGAAGCACGAGGUGUGCUCACAUUCGCAAAAAAAAAAAAAAACAUGUGUGAGCGUUUUUUUUUUAUUUUGCUUUUGUUGUGAACACGUGCCAACACGGAUGAAUAGUUUGAAAUUGGAAUGUUUACACAAAAACGUUCAAAUCGAAAGGUUAAAAGAAAAAGGUUUGUCUCUGUUCAAAGCAUGUUAACACCUCUACGACGGAGUAUUAGGGCCACACAUGAAGAGAAAAAAUAUUUUUGCCAUGGCGAGAUUAAAGUCGACAUGUUGACUUUAAACUCGACAUUUCGAGAA